CCUUAUGUGGACUCGCAUACACAUUUACAUUACGUUUUAGACAAAUUACCUGAUAAGUUUAAUGUAACUUCUUAUGAAAUAUUAAAGCAAGAUCAUUUUCCAUCAAAUUUUGAAAGUUGUAUAAAUGUAUUAUGUGAUCCAUUAUCAUUUAAUUCAAAUGAAAUAUUUCCAGAUACACAUUUGGAUUGGAAAAAAAUGGUGGAUGUACCUUUCAUGUAUUUAGCGGUCGGAGUACAUCCACAUAAUGCAAAAGAUUAUAAUGAUUAUAUUGAAAAUAAUAUGAUCCAAAUUCUUAAACAUCCAAAGUGUAUUGCUUUGGGUGAAAUUGGCUUAGAUUAUCAUUAUAAUAUUUCUCCUAGAGAUACUCAAAAAGAUGUUUUGGUAAAACAAAUUGAAAAAGCCAUUGAAUUAGAAAAACCUUUAGUUAUACAUACUCGUGAGGCUGAAGAAGAUACAUGGGAUAUAUUAACUGGUUUUGUACCAAAAGAGUGGAAAAUUCAUGUUCAUUGUUUUACUGAUUCUCCCCAAUUUGCAAAGAAAUUAUUAAAUUAUUUUCCUAACCUUUAUAUUGGUAUAACUGGUGUUGUUACUUUUGGUUCCGCUAAAAAUACUCAAAAUGUUAUUAGAGAUAUUGUUCCUUUAAAUAGGUUUUUAUUGGAGACUGACGCUCCUUAUAUGAUUCCAGCUAAAUUAAAUAGAAAUAAGAGAUCUGAUAGUAAAGUCACUGUUUGUCAUUCUGGAAUGAUACCUUUAAUUGCUGAGAGAAUUGCUCAACUUAAAGGAAUGGAAUUAGAUGAGAUAAUGAAUCAUGCAAGAGAAAAUACUAGAAAUAUGUAUGGUAUAUAA